GGUUUGCGAGUGGGUGGGACCGCAGUGGGCGGUGGUUUUGUGGGUGGGCGUGGCUUUGCGGGCAUGGCGGAGGGGCACGGGCCCGGGCGCUGCCGGUGCUGCGGAGCGGACGGCGGGGAGCGGGGCGCGGCCUGGGGCCUACACCUGCGCAUCGACCGCGGGCGGUUGCAGUGCCUCAACGAGCGGCGCGAGGGCAGCGGCGCCCGAGUCUUCCGUGCCUGGGAGGAGCGCGGCGACCGCGAGCAGUUCGUGGAGAGCGAUGAGGACGCGGAACUGCUCUUCAACAUCCCGUUCACAGGCAGCGUGAAGCUGAAGGCCGUCAUCGUGAUGGGGGAGGACGAUGGCUCACACCCCUCCGAGCUGCGGCUGUUCAAGAACAUUCCCCAGAUGUCCUUUGAUGAUGCCGCCCGGGAGCCAGAGCAGAUGUUCAGCCUCAACCCUGACCCCGUGGGCGAGCUCGAGUACCCCACCAAAAUUGCUCGCUUCUCCAAUGUUCAUGACCUCUCCAUGUAUUUCCCAAAGAACUUUGGAGCAGAGACAACGAAGAUAUUUUACAUUGGCCUGAAAGGAGAAUGGACGGAGGCGCACCGCCACAAGGUCACCAUCUGCAACUACGAAGCAUCGCCCAACCCUGCUGACCACCGUCUGCAGCAGGUCACCCCGCAGAGCCACUGCAUCUCUUGACUGUGACUCUGCUCUGUGCUUGGGGCCAGGGAUGGACACGGAUGGAGACGGUGUCGAGGCCCCGUGGGCUGCGACCGUGUCCUGGCGUGCGGGGGUGGAACGCCAGUGGUGAAUGCCCAGGCCCUGCUGCUGAGCUGCUGUGCCCUUCUCACUGCCAAUAAAGUUUCGGAGUUCAGAGCA